AUUUACUUGUCUGUUCUGUCAAAGUUCGUGAAUAAGCUGUUUCUUUACAGAAGCGCAUUGAGUGAGUUUAAAUAUUGUUUCGCUGUCGAUAGAUUUAACCCGUAUUUCUCGAUAACUGAGGUUCCCGUAAUGGCCUCGGAACGUUAUAGUUUCUCAUUGACUACCUUCAGUCCUUCCGGUAAGUUGGUACAGAUAGAGUAUGCUCUAGCAGCCGUCACGGCUGGGGCGCCCUCGGUUGGCAUCAAGGCGUCCAACGGUGUCGUAAUUGCAACCGAAAACAAGCAGAAGUCGAUCCUGUACGACGAACACAGUGUCCAUAAGGUGGAAAUGGUAACUAAUCAUAUUGGCAUGAUAUAUUCCGGUAUGGGCCCGGAUUACCGGCUAUUGGUAAAACAGGCUCGUAAGAUAGCUCAGAAUUAUUAUUUGACCUACCGGGAGCCCAUUCCAACCUCGCAGCUGGUGCAGAAGAUUGCGACCGUGAUGCAGGAAUAUACCCAAUCGGGUGGUGUUCGCCCGUUCGGAGUUUCGCUAUUAAUCUGUGGCUGGGAUGGGGAUCGCCCAUAUCUGUUCCAGUGUGACCCAUCGGGAGCGUACUUUGCCUGGAAGGCAACCGCAAUGGGUAAAAAUGCUAUCAACGGUAAGACUUUCCUCGAAAAGCGCUACAGUGAGGAUCUUGAGCUGGACGAUGCGGUUCACACGGCAAUUCUCACGCUGAAAGAGGGAUUCGAGGGGCAAAUGAAUGCGGAUAACAUUGAGGUGGGAAUUUGUGAUUCCAAUGGUUUCCGGCGGUUGGACCCGGCCGAUGUUAAGGAUUAUUUGGCCAAUAUUCCGUAAAUGUAUAAUUUUGAGAGAUAACUGAAUUUUAAAUAAUGCAUUGAGCUUUGCUCGCGAAUAAGUUUUUUGGUAUUCAAUAAACGGUAUAAAAUACAAAGUACAUAA